GCUCCCCUGCCGGCCCCACGACGCGCCACAACGGGGCAGCUUAUACGAAGCGCGUUGCGACACCCCGGUGCGGAACGCACGCGUGUCGACCCCAGCCCGCGCAAGGGCAGCAGAGAUGCGCCUCGUGCUCCUCCUCGCGGCGGCGGCGCGCGCGCUCCAGCCCUGCUCCACGCCGGUCCUGGUCGACGGCGCCGAGCGUUUCGUCGAGUGCGGCGGGCCCCACGCCGUCGACGACGCCGUCUUCGCCUUCUUGGGUGGGCUGAACGACACGGCGCGCGUCGGCUGCGCCACGGAGGCUUGUGUGGAGGCAGCCCCAAAGAAGGGCGCGACCUGUUCCGAUGAGGAG